CCCGCGCAUUGAAAGAUCAUAAUCACCCCACCGAUUUUGAAGUCUUCUGUUUUCGCCUUGUCAUUUCCCCUCUCCUUGAUUCUCCUGCGCAAUGUCAUCGAAGUCCUCAGUCUUUGCGACCGUGGCCAAUACGCCGCCGGACGCGAUCUUCGAACUCACCAAAGCUUAUGUAGCCGACCCAGACACUCGCAAAGUGAAUCUAGGCCAAGGUACCUAUCGAGAUGGCGAUGGAAAUCCCUGGGUACUCCCAGCGGUUGAAGCAGCCAAGGAUACGAUUAAGAAUUGCAACCACGAAUACCUUCCAAUCCUGGGCCAUCCGCCUUUUCGCAAACUAGUUACGGAGUUGGUCUUUAGGAAGGAGGCCACCGUUAUUAGCGAGGGUCGAGUCGCCUCUUGUCAGGCAUUAUCGGGUACCGGAGCACUACACGUGGCAGGAAUGUUGCUCAGGCGGGCACUUGGUCGUGAUCGAACCGUCUACAUCACCAAUCCAAGCUGGUCCAAUCACAGACAGGUCUUCGAAUCAGUGGGCUUCUCAAUCCGAGAGUUCGAUUAUGCCUCGAGGGUGGGGGUUGACAUGGAGUCGCUACAUCGAGCCUUAACUGAGGCAGACCCACUGUCAAUCUUUGUGUUUCAUGCUAGCGCACACAAUCCAACUGGAUGGGAUCCUAGUCCAGAACAAUGGCGACAGAUCGGUGCUAUCAUGAAGGAGAAAAGCCUCUUCCCUCUGUUCGACGCCGCGUACUUGGGGUUGACGUCCGGAGACUACGAUCAAGACGCGUAUGCCAUCCAGUACUUUGCUGAGGAGUUGAAUCUGGAAAUGGGUGUCUGUAUUUCAUUCGCCAAAAGCAUGGGACUUUAUGGAGAGAGAACUGGGCUAUGUGCUUUUGUAUCACGCAACCACAACAUCGCCAAUAAUGUGGAGUCAAGUUUGGCGCAGUUAAUUCGCAGUGAAAUCUCUAAUCCUCCAGCAUUCGGUGCUCGUGUGGUCACGGCGAUUCUAGCAAACAAUGGCCUUUCGUCUCAGUGGCGGCGUGAUCUUACCACAAUGAGCUCGCGCAUUGCUGGAAUGAGGAAGCAGUUAUUUGAUGAAUUGACAGCGCUAGGUACCCCGGGCCACUGGAAGAGAAUAUUACAGCAGAAAGGCAUGUUCUGCGUGCUAGGUCUCACGCCCGAACAAGUUCACCACCUAAAAGAAACAUAUCACAUUUACAUGGCCGAAAGCUCCAGAGUUUCUAUAGCUGGACUCAAUGAGGGUAAUGUGCGGUAUGUGGCCGAAUGCAUCCAUCAGGUUGUUUCUCGGCCACCAGAGUAGCUGGGAAAAUCGCACGCUUUUUUAUCCAUUGUUGCCUGCGGUCAAACCUGGUGCAGUGUACAUCCUAUAUCUUCUGUGCUUGGAAUACCCUUGACUCUGAACUCUGUUAUGUCAAAGCGACUGAUAUGCUCCAUCUCGAAUCUUGGGUCGGGUUGACUAUGUACUGUACUGUGAAAUUCAACCCAAGCGUUUCAACCGAAGGCAGCAC